AUCCACACUCCUGGAAUCAGAGCUUGAUGUCCUGGGCAAAGGAGAAGCUGCUCAGGAGCCACAGCUUCCAGCUCUGGGGCUUGCUGCAGAGGAAGAGGCAUUGAAGGCUUCCUUGGACACAAAUCACCUUUCAGACUUGUUGAGAGUGGCAGUCAGCAGAUCGAGAAGGUGAAACAGGGAGACAAGUGCGGGAGGAGCCCGGUGAGCCUGCCCCAGGAUCGUGGAGCAUCCAACAGCACCGGAGCCGUGCUCCCAGGUGGACAGAUGGGCUCUGCCUGCUUCCCAUGGCUGAGCUUGCUGCUUCUCAGUGGCCUCGCUCUGCGGCCAGGUAUUGCUGUGCCAACAGGUGACCCUGCUGAAGGGACAAAUGGCUUUUUCUCUGACAAAACAACCGUAAUAGUCUACCGCUGUAAAGAUUGUGACAGCAAAAUUUGCCGAUUAUCCAGUUAUGAGAUCUUUGAUAAAAUUGGAGAAACUAAAAAUGGAACAUUAUCAAAUGACAUAAUUCAGUUGGUGACCACUGAAACUCACAUCAUUAUGUGCUUUCAGCAAGAAAUUAAGUAUCUUAAUGAAGUUUAUGCCAUCUUCUGGCAGAAAGACUGGGGAAUAGGAGAAUCCUGUGGCAACCUGGAGCUUGGAGAAAAUGAGGUGCAUCACAUCACAGAGGAGGAGAAAAUCUGCUGUGCAGUAGAGGCAGAAGAAAUCCAACCACAUGUGGCUAACCUGAACUGCUUCGUUAAAAGCAAGAGUACAAGCUUAAUAUACGAGACCCACGAUGAUAUAACUCUAGAUAAUCCAACAGAUCCAGGCAGCGGCAAGACAAUUGUCAUCACUGUCACUUUCCUGUUUCUUGGGGUUUGUGCAGCAGCACUGGCACUGUAUCAUGUUCAAAGAAUCCUAAGUGGUCAAGGACCUGUCGUAGUGCUCUAUCAGAUUUUUAAAGGUGCUAUGAAACCCAAUCAGGCUUGUGAAAGUGGAAGGUCACAGCCAUUUGAAGCAUCAUCUACAAAUGAGACAAAGCAGGCCCUUAUGCCAGCAGCAUCCUUCUUAAACAAAGUCUAGCCAUCACCUGAAGAAACACGUUUAUUUUAUACCUCACAAUAGUUCUCACAAACGUACUUUCACAAUUCCCAUGCAUUCACCGAGGACUGCAAUUGCCCUAGUUAUCCAACUCCAGGCUUUUGCAAGCAAUAAGAAAAGCUUCCAGGGGCUCUUGUCCUCUCCCUGUACUUGUCUGAGAAGCCCCAGCAUCACAAGAUGCAUGGCUUGUUUGGCAGCACAGACUUUUAUCAGGCUUUUGAGCAAAGAGCACCAGCAUCCAGAUUGCAAAAACACAUUCCUGAAGCGGAAUGGAUGCUUGUUGAAUUAUUUUUUUGCAUAGUAUAACCAAUCAUAAACCUAUAAAUUGGUAGUUUUGUCAGGAAAUCUCAAAGGAUGUAGGAUGUAACAUGACUCUAUAUAGAUUAAAAACAAUAGCAAAAAAAAUAAUAAUAAUACAAAAAGGUAUAUUAAAAAGUUAUGGACAUUUUCUUUUUCCCUUGACCUCAAAACUUUGGAAGGUCCUUCAAAUGCAAGUAGGAAAGUUCUGUGUUGUUUUGAAACAGUAUGAUUAGUUCAAUGUAUGUUUUUCCAGGGCAGCUAUCAUGGGUGUUGCUAUUGGUUUUGUUUUUCUGCUGUAAGUCAUUUCUGCGAGAGCCUCUCAGGAAGUGCCAAGCAUUCCCAUUGAUGCAUGGAGCUGUGUGCUGGGCUUCAGGAGAUUCCAGUGAUGCAUACCUGAUUUUCCUGGACCUAGAAAAAGACUGUCUAAAAAUUAAAGGCUGUUGCAGUUCUCUGAAGUGGUCUCUAAAUGGGGAAAAACAAAUGUGUGUAUACAUAUUAGUGUGUGCAUGUUAGGGCGGUCAAACUGAUGACUGACACUGCUCUUUUUUUGUGUACCCUCAGAUUUUGAGAUUUUUGAAACAGAGAUAACAUGCUAUUUGACAAUUUAUGUUGUAGUAAUUCAAGAGAUUAAAAUUUGAGAGUGUUCAAAUUUAAUUUCUAAUCUUUAACACCAGUUGGGGCCAGAGAGCUAGUCAAGCCUUGGGAAUAGAAGUUACCUGCCCAGUUCUGCCCAGUGACAGUUGCUCAGCUAAAUCUGUCACAAGAUGCAAUUCACAAACUGACUUUGGGGUGCACACACUUUCCUUCCCAUCUUUUCUGCCUUCCUACUGCUGAUUUUGCAGACAGUGAUAUUCAGAGGUGUCAGUCCCAGCUGUUCUGAUUUGUGCCUCCUGAGCUGCAUCUUGCCUGUAAUGCCAAUCAUCCGAUGUCUUGGGAAAAGGGCUUUAAUGAUCCUCUUGGCUCUCAGCAAGUGCCUGAUGUUGCUUUAUGUGCCUGAUGUUGCUUUAUGUGCCUUUUUACAAAUAAAUAUAUCCACACAAAUAGUUCUGAAAUAAAAAUCAACUGAAAAUAUCAGGUA